CGCAAAUUCCACUAAUGUGGCUAAUCCUUCAUGUUUGCUGUCAAUAUGUACAGUCAUGCUUUUGAACCGAUUUGAACAGUCAAGGCAGAAGAUCUACGGUGACGGACAUGGAUACAACAGCUCUGGUCUAUAAAAUCCUCUGUGCCCAUAAUGGGUAUUUUGAGCUGGAAGAAAUGCGUGCCAACUUUAGCACGCCAGAAGAUGACCUGGAGAGUGUUUUAGGGAAUCAGGAUAUGUUUACCAGUGCUGUCUUUGAGGGAAACAAACGGAUAUUUGCCAAGACGAAAAUGAGAUUAUGCAGAGACAAGGAAUGUAAUGGCUGCAGCAAUUUACAUCUGUGUAUAUUCUACCUUUAUGGAACGUGUCGAUUCAAUGAGGGACAACGGUGCCGCUUCUGUCAUGAGCUGACGUCAGAAUACAACAUCAGAGUCCUGAGAGAGCAUCACCUGGAGAAAUUGGACAGGAGGGAGCUGUGUAUGUUACUACUGCAGAAUGACAACACCCUCUUACCCCCAGUUUGCUUCACAUACAACAAAGGUAGUGGAGAGUACGGAUACUGUCCUGACAAGGAGAAAUGCAGAAGACUCCACGUCUGUGAGCGCUACAUUACAGGAACCUGUGCUGCAGAGGUGGACUGUGACAGGUCUCACGACUUCUACGAGCCCCACCCGCUCAACACCCUACAGCAGAGGGGACUACCUAAUGAACUGGUGGCAUCCAUGUUGUACACCUACCGCAACAACCAGGCCAUUCAGAAUGAGGAACGCUCUAGACCUGUGUGUCAUCCUCCUCCACCACCACCACCACCCCCACAAACAUAUCUCCCGGCCCCCAAUGUUGUCCAAAGAGAGACCCACUACAUCCACUCACAGCCAAUCAUAGUACACUCACAAGUGACCCCUUCAAUGCUCUGCAAUUUCAUGUUAAAAUCACGUCCCUUUGUCCACACCAAACCCAAGAGCCAUACUAAGCCAUCAUCAGCUUCACACCAAUCAAAACCCUCUAAACCACCUACACCAGUUCCACACCAAUCAGAGUCCGCUAAACCGCCUCCACCAGCUUCACACCAAUCAAAACCCUAUAAACCACCUACACCAGCUCCACACCAAUCAAAAUCCUCUCACACGGCUCCACACCAAUCAAAAUCCACAAAACCACCUUCACCAGCUCCACACCAAUCAAAAUCCUCUAAAGUGCCUCCACCAACUUCACAGCAAUCAAAAUCCUCUAAAGGCCCUCCACCAACUCCACAGCAAUCAAAAUCCUCUAAAGCGCCUCCUCCAACUCCACAACAAUCAAAAUCCUCUAAACCGCCUCCACCAACUCCACAGCAAUCAAAAUCCUCUAAACCGCCUUCACCAACUCCACAGCAAUCAAAAUCCUCUAAACCGUCUCCACCAACUCCACAGCAAUCAAAAUCCUCUAAACCGCAUCCACCAGCUCCACACAAAUCAAAAUCCUCUCAACCAGCUCCACAUCAACCAAAAACAACCAAAGCUCCUCCAUCAGCCAGGCGAAGAUGAAUUUUUGCAGAAACCAGAAAUCACACAGUACCAGUCAAAAGUUUGGGGACACCUACUCAUUUCAGGGUUUUUCUUUAUUUUUGACUAUUUCCUACAUUGUAGAAUAAUAGUGAAGACAUAAACUAUGAAAUAACACAUAUGGAAUCAUGUACUAACCAAAAAAGUGUUAAGCAAAUCAAAAUCACUUUAUCGGGGUUGACAGAAAAGUUGUCAACCCCGAUAAAAUGUAAUAAUAAUCCACAUUUCCUGUCGCUUCAGGAUUGUUUUCCUGCUGUGAAGAAACUGGUGAAAUUAAGAUCCUACAUCAGUAUCAUACUGACAAGAUAUACAGUACGUACAUGGGUCAGGAUUUGAACCCUUGGGGGUAGGAGAAAACUGAGACUGUUUGACGGGAGCAUUAUCUCUCUGCGCCACCCCAAAGCUUUGCUUGUUAGAAUUUCAUGAUAUCUUGAUGUGAAACAUGUGUUUCCUAGACUACAUCAGAAGACAGCAGCCUUGGCUGGAUUUUAAUUCAUAACAUUUGCGCUUCUAAUAUGUCUUUUAUCAGCUUUCUAAUAUAGAAAUGAAGAAAGUGUUUAUUGUGCAAAAUCCUUAUGUUUUGUGACUGACAUGCUGGAUAUCUCAAGGCUAUAGCCUGACAGAAUUUCAAAAGAAACAAAGAGAAAAGUAUUCUUUCUCUACAAUGCAGUGACCAUUCCUCUCUGCCACCAUAGCACUUGAAAUGUGCAAAUUGGAAAUGUAGAAGUUUAGAAGCAUUUUUAUUAACUCAUACUCUAUAAGUUUGGGUGGUUAGAGUGUUGGACUAGAAACCAGAUGGUUGCAAGUUCAAAUCCCCGAGCUGACAAGGUACAAAUCUGUUGUUCUGCCCCUGAACAUGCAGUUAACCCACUGUUCCUAGGCCUUCAUUGAAAAUAAGAAUUUGUUCUUAACUGACUUGCCUAGUUAAAUAAAGGUUUUUUAAAAAGUUUGCAUUUCUUGCCAAUGUGGUCUCAGAGCAUUUCAUAUUGUUCUGUACGUAAAUCUGAGAGACUCCAUUUAGUAUAUGUUACGGUAUGUAUGGUAUGUAUUAAUUUGUGGAUGUUCAUUAUCCAUUUCGUGUGAUAUGUUACGAAUGACAAUUCAUAUGAUAUGUUAAGAACUGCAAUUCGUACAAUAUGUUACAAAUUGUAAUACAUACAAUAUGUUAUGAAAUGCAAUUCAUACAAUACAUUACACAUUUUCCAAAUAUAAUAUAUGUUACAAAUUUGCAAACUUAAGUUACGAAUUCCAAUUUGUUGUGGCUAAGGUUAGCUAGGUUGCUAGCGCUAACAUUAGCUAGCUGGCUAACGUUAGUUAGGCUAAUGGUUAGGUUAAAAGGUUAGCUAACAUGCUAUGUAGUUACAAAGUAGCUAAAAAUUAGUAUGUAGCUGCUAAAAUUGUCUGUGAUGAGAUUCAAACACACAACUUUUGGGUUGCUAGACAUUUGUGUUAUUCACCCAGACCAACCACCCUCCUUUCGAUUUUGCCUUAAUGUACAUUUGGUAUGGUUACAUAUGUUACAUACUAUGUUACUUCUAGUUCAUUAGACCCAUUCUCAGCAACAAAAGAGUGAUCAAAUGAAGAUGUCCUAAAAUGGUAAAUGUGACGUAGUACAGUAGGGCUCACACACACGUGCUCCAACACAUACCUUUAUUGGUAAACAAACAGUCAACUUCAUUAAUAUUGUCAGUGUAUUCAACCUUAACAGCAACGAUUCCAAAUGCGUAAUGGCCAACAAAUAAUCCAGAGCAAACAACGGCAGAAUAAAAAAAUUGGGUUUGGCUGGCAGGGCCAGGCUUUUGCCGAGAUACACGUCCAGGCAUUUUUUUUGUAUGAUUUGUCUGAGCUUUAAUAGUAGAGUUACCAUCACUGUUCUGUAUGAGGCACUGGGGGUAAACCUGAUAAUUUCAAAAACUACGAACACAUUGGAGUCUUGGAUGUUGUCCACACAGCUGUCAUAGAAGAUGGAUCCUCCUGUUUCUUUAGGAGGUGGUUUCACAUAGCUGAAGUUUCCCUCAGGGAAGUCUCCCACCAGCACAUGACAAACAAACAUGGACCUUGCUGGCUGGUGUAGCUGUGGGAGAACUUAGCAUCCCGCACAGUAACUUGUUUUUAGCCCCAUUAUGAUCUAUGAUGUUCACAGACAUAGGCAAGCACAUUUUCUGUGCCAAUUCAAUAGUUAUUCAUAGUAGUAGUGGCAUCCCACCUUUUCCGUAGGCAGUUCUAUUUGCUCCACAUAGUCUCCAGUCAAUGUUGUCUCUGCAAAUACUGUCAACAUGUUGAGUCAAUCACCCCAAAAAACUUUCUCAUCGAUGCUUCUUCCUGAGGAUUUGAUCAUCUGAGCAUGAAUGAACCUAUUUCAGUGUGGAAUCAUUUACAAUUAGUAAGACUAACAAAGGUGCCAUUCAAAUGGUAAUUUCCAUUAGAAGCUGUUCAAUAAAUGAAUAUUGAUAUAACUAUCUGUUAGAAAUAUUAUGAACAAACAAUAUUCUAAUUUUAAAUAGAACUGUAACUAAGUGAACUUAUACUCAGUUUUAUUAUAUCUGAUUAACAAUAUGAGUUCAUAAGAAGGGAUUGUGUGACAUGGACAAGGAGUAAUUAAAGUUAAUGAACACCAUUCCAACUAGGAAGAAAGGAAUGGUUUGUGGAUUAAGUAAACAGAUAAGGUAGUUAACCUAUAGUUGAACCGACGAAACUGAGCUCUGUUUUUUUUUAGAUAAGGCUGUGAGUGCAUUCCUAGGUUGUCUGUUAAUUAGAACUGUCAGCUAAGUGGUGAUCGAUAAUGGUGAGGAGUCAAAAGUUAAUUCAGCUGUGUUGUGUGUCCUCUGUAUGUGCUAGUGCGUCAGAAUGAACUCAGAAUGUACUUUUAAAGUUCCCUUUGUCUCGGUCGGGAGGAGGGGAUUCAUUUUACAAGCAAUGAAAUUACAUCAUGUUAUUGUAUAUAAACUGUUGCUCGUGGGAGCGCGCUCCGAGAAUAAAUUCUGUUACCUAUUAUUGAAAA